AUGAAAUUGUUGAACUUAUUUAAAUUCUACUCUGUUUGCCAUUUGUUAUAUACAGAUUAUACAUAUUGUUUUGUAUUUUAUAAUUUUUUAAACCUAGAACUAAACAAAUUAGGACAUAGUCCAUUUAUUUUAUUAGCUUCAAAGAACCCUAAAUCAAGUAAAUACUUCAAAGGAGAAAAAGUCAAAUCCGAAGAAGAUUUUCAAAGGAUUUUAGAAACAGCAAAAUCACUAAACCUAACAGAAAAGGAUUUAAACGAUUACGCAUUAAAACACCUUCCAGAAGAAAGUUUGAGGAAGAGGUUCCUAUAUCUAAUAAAACCAAAAAAGGAAGAGAAAGUACUCCCGAAAAGAUUACGUAAACAUUUGGCAAUAUUGCCACAAAAAAAUAUAGAAUACCCAAUAGACGAAGCAAUAAGUAGAAUAAAAAUAAUUAGCGGGACUAAAUUUGUGGAAGGAAUCGACGUCGCAAUAAGGAUACCAGUGACAAAUAAAAAAGCAAAAUCGACAGCAGGACAGUAUUCUAAACUAAUAACGAUACCAUAUAAGUCACUUAAAUCAAAGAGAACAAAAGUAGGAAUAUUCGGAAUUAAAGAUACAGUAGAAGAGAUAAAAUCAAAAGGGCUUGAAAAUUUGGUUUUUAUCGGAGGCGAAGAAUUAAUUAAGGAGUUUAAGGAAAAACAAGAAAUACCAGAAGUAAACCUAGUCCUAUCAGACGUUGAAACAUACCCGAAACUUAGUCUUUUGGGGAAAUUGCUGUCAAAGCAAGGGUUAAUGCCAAAUUUGUCAGUAGGAACGUGUGUAGAGUCAAAAACAGAUUUCCUAGAAAUAAUCGACGACCUAAUAAACAGAAACGUAUUGGUGAUUAAAUCUGACAAAACGGGAGAUAUCAAGUGUAAUUUCGCAGAUGUGUCAAUGCCAUUGGAUGAAAUAAGAACAAAUUUGCUAGAAAUAUUUAGAUAUCUGAAGAAAAAUAAGCCGCCAUACUCAACACAGAAAUUUGUAAAUAAAAUAUUUAUAUCGUCAUCGAUGGGCCCGUCAUUCAGAUUAAACGUCAAACAACUGAAAAGCAAUUCUAAAUAA